AUGUCGCGUUACCCCCAAGACAACAUUUACCGCAACGGCAGGAGCCGCCAGAACGGUCAACAGCACGGUGGUCGAGGGGGUGGGUAUAACGCGCAUCAUGGACAAGGCGAGCAUGUCGCCAUUCGCCAACAGAGUGGACAGGUCCAACCUGUCGUUCACUGGCGCCAGCAGUUGAACAAUUAUCUGCAACAAAGAUUCAGAUCUACGCAAGACCUCGAAUUGGUUGACUCAUCGACCGGUCCUGGGUACGAGCGGAGGUGGACCGUGGUUGUUCACUUCCAAGGCGUUGAAUAUGGUAGAGGCGAGGGGACAACCAAAGCGUCCGCCACAGAAAUUGCUUGCCAGAUUGCCCUGGCAGCCCUCAGGGGACCAGGAAUUGGUCAUUGA